AUGUCCCAGCGAUAUCGAUAUCGUGAUGGCGAUGAUGAUGUCGGUAGCGGCUACUACGAAGCUCGCGGGAGGAAUGUUCGUGGGGCAACGUUUAUGGGUCCCUUCUCGCGGGAUGAUUACACCGUUGGAUGGAUCUGCGCAAUACCCUUAGAGAUGGCCGCCGCUAGGGCCAUGCUGGAUAAUAUUCAUGUCGAGCUACCGAAUCAAGAGGACGACCGCAAUGCAUAUACCUUUGGAGAACUUAGUGGACAUUAUGUUGUCAUCGCCUGUUUACCUUUUGGGACAUAUGGUACUACAUCAGCCGCCCUUGUGGCGAGUCAGAUGCGAAGUAGUUUCCCAUCCGUACGGUUUUAUUUGAUGGUUGGAAUUGGAGGAGGGGUUCCGAGCGAGGCUGUCGAUAUUAGACUAGGAGAUAUUGUUGUCAGCAGGCCGACGGGUAGAUAUUCUGGGGUUUUGCAAUAUGAUUUCGGGAAGGCUGUUGCUGGAGGUCGCUUUGAGAGAAUCGGCGCCUUAGAUAAACCACCUUUGGAACUUCUUACCGCAGCCUCUAAGUUACAGGCACAACAGAUCGUGGAAGGGAACCAUAUUUUGGAUUCGCUUUCAGACGCUAUAAAACGAUACCCUCAGAUCCAGAAAACCUUUACGUAUCCCGGUCAGCACCAAGAUCUUCUAUUCGAAGCUGAGUACGAUCACGAAAGAGGAGGCACAUGUCAUUCUUGUAGUAGGGAAUGUCUGGUAAAGCGAGAAGUUAGACCUACAAAUGAUCCUACCAUCCAUUAUGGCCUGAUCGCAUCCGGAAACCAAGUUAUGAAAGAUGGGAGGAUUAGAGACCGAUUGGCUAAGGAGCUUGAUAUCUAUUGCUUCGAAAUGGAAGCGGCUGGUCUUAUGGACGGGUUCGGGUGCCUUGUUAUAAGAGGAAUCUGUGAUUAUUCGGAUUCUCACAAAAAUAAACAAUGGCAAGGAUAUGCUGCUGCAACGGCCGCAGCGUACGCGAAAGCGCUGCUUGAUAUAGUACCAAAAAUUGGAAAAGUAGGGAAACAUCGAGACGCUGAGCAGAUGCGCAUAAGAUGUUUAAGGUCUCUCAGUUUCCAAAACAUCGACGCUCGGUUUUAUAACAUAGCCACAGCCCAUCAAAACACCUGCAAUUGGCUCUUUAAAACGCCGCAGUUCCGACGGUGGGAAGACCGCACCAAUAUCGAAACUUUUAACGGAUUUCUGUGGAUCAAAGGCAAGCCAGGGGCUGGGAAGUCAACAUUGAUGAAGCACGCCCUGGAGUACUGUCGGACUGCGAGUAAAUCUAAGGGCCACUCUAUUAUUGCAUACUUUUUUAAUGCACGUGGUACGAAUCUCGAAAAGACAUGCCUUGGGAUGCUUAGAUCUCUAGUAUGUCAGUUAAUCGAACAGGACGCAAGAGUUUGCAGCAUGUUCAUCUCUAAAUACAUCCGAAAGGAACAAAUGCAUGGGAUGACUUGGCAGUGGCACAUAGACGAGCUUAAGGUUUUUAUGUUCCAAACGAUACAGCAUUUAAACCCGAAUCCUAUAAUACUGUUUGCAGACGCCUUGGAUGAGUGCGAAGAGUCCGAAGUCCGCGAGGCGGUAUCAUUCUUCGAAAAACUGAGUUAUUUUGCUAUUUCUGCUGGGGUUUCACUCAGUGUGCUUCUAUCAAGCCGGCAUUAUCCAACUAUUAGGAUGCAUAAAAUGCUCGAGCUUGUCGUGGAGAGUCAGGCCGAGCACGAUCAAGAUAUUUCCACCUAUGUGCGAGAUAAACUCACAGUUAAGUAUACAAAAGAUGCCAAUAAAAUCGAGAACGAGCUCCUUCGGAAAGCAGGAGGUAUCUUUAUGUGGGUGGUGUUAGUUACGGAAAUGCUCAAUCAAGCCUUCGAUGAAGGCAGGAUUACGGCGGUGUGGAAACGGCUCCGCGAUGUUCCAACCGACCUCGACGAAGUUUUCCGAAUCAUCCUAGAAAAGAACAAUCAUUAUAUGAAUGAAACGCUGCUCAUGCUUCAAUGGGUUCUGUUCGCUCACGGGACACUCCAUGCUAAGGAAUUAUAUUAUGGCGUCAUUGCUGGCACCGAGCCCGGUCUUUUGAAACGACACAACAGUCUAGAAAUAACGGAUGAGAGUAUUGCACGAUUUAUAACAAGUUGCUCAAGAGGUCUGAUCGAAAUAUGCCAGUCAUCACAAACUGUCCAAUUUAUCCAUGAAACUGUUAACGAUUUUUUAAUACGGAACAAAAGACUUCAGUCAUUGGACCCAACCCUCGCUCCACAACUCGCCAGCAGCAGCCACGGUAGGCUUGCUGAAUGUUGUAUAGCGUAUCUUGAGAUGGAGGACCUAAUUGGUUUACAAAUACCUACGUCACGUACGAGUGAGCCCGCAUAUACCAAAACUAGUGGGCGUGUUCAAGAUUAUCCAUUCGUAUACUAUGUCGUACAUUAUAUGCCUCAUCACGCUAAUUUAGCCUGUACUGAAACUAAAAUUCAGCAACGGCUCCUCCGUCGGCUCUUCAAACAACCUAAAGUUUUCCAGCUACUGAAAGAUCUCCACGAUCUUUGGGGGACAGACGAUCACACGAAAUACGGCAGAGACUCGACUUUACUCUAUGUUUUCUCUUUCCUUGGAUACCGGGAGCUUGUCAAAACUCUCUUAUCUGAGAACUGGAGCGAUGUUAAUGCUAAAUGUGGCCAUUUUGGCAAUGCACUACAAGCUGCUUUGUCAAUUCCUGUUUGGCAGGACACAAGGGCGGAUAUUGUGCAGAUGCUAUUGGAUGCUGGCGCUGACGUAAAUGUUAUUGGACCCUAUGGGAGUGUGCUACAUACCGCUAUUUCUCCUUCAACAACUGGGAAGCAUUUCGAUUAUGAUACUACAGUUCUCGUUAUCCGCAAACUGCUAGAUGCAGGUGCCGAUGUUAACGCUAGGGGUGGACGUUAUGCGAAUGCAUUACAAGCAGCUUGCGCAUAUACGGAGUACAAUCUUUACAAAGAAAGAGAGCAAAUUGUCACAAUACUGCUAGAUGCCGGGGCAGAUGCCAACGCACAAGGUGGAGAAUUUGGGAACGCCCUGCAAGCCACGCUUGAGAACUUCAGUUUUAUCGCCAGUAGGCGCGACCCUGAAUACCUACCCGUCCAAAUUGUUAAAAUGCUGUUGAACGCCGGUGCGGAUGCCAAUCAUGUUGGUGGCAACUGCGGUAAUCCACUGUUAGCUGCCAUUUAUCGCGCAGAGGCCAUCAUCGAGGGAAGGAAUUCGACCUUGGAUGACUCGGUCAAAUCACCUUACACUUCUGGAGCCCCCCGGGAGAUGACAGAAGCCGCGCCUACAGAAAUUGUCGACAUCCUACUAAGUCACGGUGCUGAUGUCAAUGCUCCAGUAAACCAUUACGGGACCGUCCUGCAAGCUGUAAUUGCUAGGGUUAUUGAGUUCCCUGACUACAAUACUAGUGAUUUCUCCUUCGAAGUCUUGAAGAAAUUAGUAGAACAUGGUGUGGAUGUCAAUGCUUUAGGCGGGCCCUAUGGUAGUGCAUUACAUGCGGCAGUACGGUGUCCUCAAAAGAAAUUCCGUGCCCUUGCUACUGAAUUACUGCUGCGAGCUGGCGCAAACCCAAAUGUGAGAAGCGGCGGAUUCGCCAGCGUAUCGAAAUGCGUAGCACUUCAGGGAUCGGGAGGCAUGCUGAUGGAACUUUGCAACUGUCCAGGUAGCGAAUUUUACCAUGGGGUCCUUUAUGAUUCAGAUGAUAAACGCCCAUGCGAACGCAAGAUUUUAGGAAUUGAUGACGGUGGGGCCUUAGGUAUUUUCAACAUGCUCAUCGGAUAUGGCGCACUUGAUGCAGCAGAGGAGAAGAAAAAGUUAUAUGAAUUUUUCGGUUGGGAGGCUUUCAAGAUCGAAGCCUUUGAGAAGGGUGGUUAUCCUUUGCUUGAAUCAUUUUUUAAGAAAGAUUGGGAACGGGACUGGACGUUCACGUAUAUCGAACGCUCGUCUUAA